AGCGAAACAGUUGGGUCCCAGCUACAUGAUGAGUUCUGUUCAGACUCAAACAACACUGAAGGCCAAGCUGGAGAGCCUGCAAUCUCACUUCACGUGGAACCUGAACCCCCAUAAAGCCAAACUUUUCCUUCUCAGAGAUAAGCUGGAAGACAUUGGAACUGCGGAAGGAUAUAACUGGCUGGGACAUAUUUACAACUUGCAGGGGUACAUACACUACCAUCUUGGGAGUACAAAAGAGGCCCUGCGGUUUUUUUGCAGAGCUGCGGAGGCGUUGCGUCAGAUGAGAAAUACUGUCUCAGAGGAGGGCCCUUGGCUAGUGGUCAACUAUGGGAACCUAGCUUGGCUGCACUACCACAUGGGAGAACAAGCAGAGAGUCAGACUUACCUGUCCAAGGUUGAUAUCCUUCUGAAUGAAUAUCCUUCACCAUGUCAAGAGGAACUCCACCCAGAGAUCUGCGCUGAAAAGGCCUGGGCUCUGAUGAAAUUUGGAAAAGACAGUACUCUUCUGGCUGUGCAAUAUUUUCAGAGAGCCAUCAGGAUGCAGCCAGAAAUGAUUGAGUGGCACUCCAGUUAUGUCUUAGCAUUAGUGAGUACUUUUAAGCUUUAUAAAACUCAACUAGAUGCAAACACUUUUGAGAAACUGAAAAUAGCUAAGAAACAUGACCCAAAUAACCUAUACCUUGCAACAAUUUACCUAGCAGCUUGUGCUGCUCGAGGAAGAAGAAUUGAUGGUAAAGCAUUGCAAUUGGCAAAAAAGAUUUUAAAAAAGCCUGCCAGCAGCUACAGUGGUAUUAAACCGUUACUUAAACUAUACAGAGUAUAUUUAUCAAUGGAUGAAGCUCUUGAUUUGGCAGAGGAAGCUCUUGAAAGACAUCCAGGGGAACGAUAUCUGAUGAGGUGUGCUGCAAUCUGCUACAAAAAGAAAAUUCUUUUGCACAGGGAUAUUCCGCCGGAACAAGUGGUGGUUGACAGGGCAAUCAGCCUCUAUAGAGAAGUGAUUGCUCUCUACCAUCAAUCAUCACUAAAGAGAAAAAUAACUCUUGCAAAUAUAUAUGUAAAGUCGACUCAGAACCAAGCUAAAGCUGAUGAGAUAUUUGCAGAACUACUAGAUCAGGGUGAACAGGAACCCGGGGACAGACAGAUGCUUUAUAACUACUAUGCAAAAUAUUUACACUCCAUUCAGAGGCAGAACUACAAGUCGAUAGAAUAUUACAUGAGGGCAGCGGCAAUACAGUAUCCAUCUGUCUAUCGUGGAAACAGCAUCCAAAUCCUGGAGAAAAUUAGGGAAAGGAAAAGAAACAGAAUGUGUAGAGAAAUAGAGGAGUUUCUAGACAUCUUACAAGACUGAACGAUUUGUUUACAGCACUUAGCACUGGCAUCCAACUAGCAUUAGAGUCACUGGAAGUACUGUAUGUAGUUUUCUGCUCCGAAAUACUUUUUUUGUUUGACAGGAAUUCUUUUUUAUUUAUCGCUAGAUUUUCACAUCACUUCUUUGAAUGAUUCAUUUUCUUUGACAUCAGAGACAAUUGAAUUUCAUGUGUAGAAUGCUGUUUGUAGUGUAAUAGCGCUAGCUUCGAGUGUGGGCCAAUAUGGUCGCUCCUGUUGAAAAUUUCAGUUGAAAGAGCAAAAGGAUAUGUAAUCUUGAACAUUGUUGGCUCAAGUCAAAGAGUCUGUGUUUGUGUAUCUGCAUGUGGAGUUACUGAGCGUGAGUUGUAGCCGAAAGCAGCUCUUGAAUGCAUGUACAUUCUGUACCGCUCAUAAUAAAGUGACUGAAGUGCAACAGCAACUGGGUCAUACUUGACCACAUACAAGGGCAUUUAACUAAGUAGGGCUUGGGUGUGUGCGUGUGUAAAAUGUACCAUUACAUUGUACAUGAACUCAUGAAAAUGAGUAUUUGUGUCUACUUUUAGAUUUACAGUAUAUAAGGCUUGUACGUAUUAUAACGAGAAUAAAAA